AUGGGCUUCACUCUCCACUCUGUCUGCUUCACCCUGAAGGUGAGCUUACUGCUGGGCUCUUUACUGGGCCUCUGCCUGGGCCUGGAGUUCAUGGGCCUCCCCAACCAGUGGGCCCGCUACCUCCGCUGGGAUGCCAGCACCAGGAGCGACCUGAGCUUUCAGUUCAAGACCAACGUCUCGGCUGGGCUGCUCCUCUACUUUGAUGAUGGCGGUGUCUGCGACUUCCUCUGCUUGUCCUUGGUUGAUGGGCGCAUCCAGCUCCGGUUCAGUGUGGACUGUGCUGAGACCACGGUUGUCACAGAAAAGCAAGUCAAUGACAGCAAUUGGCACUUCCUCAUGGUCAGCCGUGACCGCCUCCGGACAGUGCUGGUGCUGGAUGGUGAAGCCAAGCCUGGUGAAGUGCGUCCACAGCGCCAGAACAUGAACAUCGUCAGUGACCUCUUUGUUGGUGGCGUUCCGUCAGACAUCCGCCCUGCUGCCUUGACCCUUGAUGGCAUCCUGAGUGAGCCUCCAUUUCAGGGAUUUAUCCUGGACCUGAAGUAUGGCAACUCGGAACCGCAGCUGCUGGGCAACCAGGGGGUCCAUCUGGACAUGGAGGGGCUGUGUGAAGAGAACCCUUGCGAGAAUGGCGGCACUUGUUUCCUUCUGGAUGGUGAGCCACAUUGUGACUGCUCUGCCACUGGAUAUGUUGGCAAAAUCUGCUCGGAAGAUGUCAAUCAUAUUCCAGGCCUCUCACACCUGAUGAUGAGUGAACAAGCGAGAGAUGAAAAUGUGGCCACCUUCCGUGGCUCAGAGUACCUUUGCUACGACCUGUCCCAGAACCCCAUCCAGAGCAGCAGCGACGAGAUCACCCUCUCCUUCAAGACAUGGCAACGUAACGGGCUCAUCCUCCACACGGGCAAGUCAGCUGAUUACGUCAACCUGGCUCUGAAAGACGGUGCGGUCUCCUUGGUCAUUAACCUGGGGUCCGGGGCCUUCGAGGCCAUUGUGGAGCCUGUCAAUGGCAAAUUCAAUGACAACGCUUGGCAUGACGUUAAAGUGACACGCAACCUGCGGCAGGUGACAAUAUCUGUGGAUGGAAUCCUCACUACGACGGGCUACACACAAGAGGAUUACACCAUGCUGGGUUCAGAUGACUUCUUCUAUGUAGGAGGGAGCCCAAGUACAGCAGAUUUACCUGGGUCACCGGUCAGCAACAACUUCAUGGGCUGCCUCAAAGAGGUUGUUUAUAAGAAUAACGACAUCCGUCUGGAGCUGUCUCGCUUGGCGAGGAUCAGUGACACCAAGAUGAAGAUCUACGGGGAGGUGAAAUUCACAUGUGAGAAUGUAGCUACGCUGGAUCCCAUCAGCUUUGAGACGCCAGAGGCCUAUAUCAGUCUGCCUAAGUGGAAUACCAAGCGGAUGGGCUCCAUUUCCUUCGACUUCCGCACCACUGAGCCCAAUGGCCUGAUCCUCUUUACCCAUGGCAAGCCCCAGGAGAGGAAGGAUGCCAGGAGCCAAAAGAACACCAAGGUAGACUUCUUUGCAGUUGAGCUGCUAGAUGGGAACCUCUACUUGCUGCUUGAUAUGGGUUCCGGCACCAUCAAGGUGAAAGCCACCCAGAAGAAAGCCAAUGAUGGAGAGUGGUAUCAUGUGGAUAUCCAGCGAGAUGGCAGAUCAGGUACCAUAUCAGUGAACAGCAGGCGCACCCCAUUCACUGCCAGUGGGGAGAGUGAAAUCUUGGACCUGGAAGGGGACAUGUACCUAGGUGGGCUACCUGAGAACCGGGCAGGCCUCAUCCUCCCCACAGAGCUCUGGACAGCCAUGCUGAACUAUGGUUAUGUAGGCUGCAUCCGGGAUCUGUUCAUCGAUGGACGGAGCAAGAACAUCCGGCAGCUGGCGGAGGUGCAGAAUGCUGCCGGGGUCAAAUCCUCCUGCACCCGGCUCAGCACCAAGCAGUGCGACAGUUACCCAUGUAAGAACAAUGCUCUCUGCAAGGACGGCUGGAACCGCUUCAUCUGCGACUGCACUGGCACUGGCUACUGGGGCAAAACAUGUGAGCGGGAGGCUUCCAUCUUGAGCUACGAUGGCAGCAUGUAUAUGAAGAUCAUCAUGCCCAUGGUCAUGCACACAGAGGCAGAAGAUGUGUCUUUCCGCUUCAUGUCCCAGCGUGCCUAUGGGCUGUUAAUGGCCACCACUUCACGGGAUUCUGCUGACACCCUUCGCCUGGAGCUAGAUGGAGGGCGUGUCAAACUCAUGGUCAAUUUAGACUGUAUCAGGAUAAACUGUAACGCCAGCAAAGGACCGGAAACUCUGUAUGCUGGGCAGAAACUUAAUGACAACGAGUGGCACACAGUCCGGGUGGUGCGGCGAGGAAAGAGCCUCAAACUGACAGUUGAUGAUGACGUAGCUGAGGGUACAAUGGUUGGCGACCACACCCGCUUGGAGUUCCACAACAUUGAAACGGGGAUCAUGACGGAGAAGCGGUACAUCUCCGUCAUCCCCUCUAGCUUCAUCGGCCACCUCCAGAGUCUCAUGUUUAAUGGGCUGCUCUACAUUGACCUGUGCAAGAACGGUGACAUUGACUACUGUGAGCUGAAAGCACGCUUUGGCCUCCGCAACAUCAUCGCUGACCCAGUCACCUUCAAGACCAAGAGCAGUUACCUGAGUCUGGCCACCUUGCAGGCCUACACCUCCAUGCACCUUUUCUUCCAGUUCAAGACCACCUCAGCCGAUGGCUUCAUCCUCUUCAACAGCGGUGAUGGCAGCGAUUUCAUCGCAGUCGAGCUAGUGAAGGGGUAUAUACACUACGUGUUUGACCUGGGGAAUGGUCCUAAUGUCAUCAAGGGCAACAGUGAUCGGCCUCUCAAUGACAACCAGUGGCACAAUGUGGUCAUCACCCGAGACAACAGUAACACCCACAGCUUAAAAGUGGACACCAGGGUUGUUACUCAGGUUAUCAACGGUGCCAAAAACCUUGACCUUAAAGGUGAUCUCUACAUUGCUGGCCUGGCUCAAGGCAUGUACAGCAACGUCCCGAAGCUAGUGGCUUCACGUGAUGGGUUUCAGGGCUGCCUAGCAUCAGUGGACUUGAAUGGGCGCCUGCCCGAUCUAAUCAAUGACGCUCUCCACCGCAGUGGGCAAAUUGAGCGCGGAUGUGAAGGACCGAGCACCACCUGCCAAGAAGAUUCCUGUGCAAAUCAGGGCAUCUGUAAUCAACAAUGGGAAGGUUUUACCUGCGACUGUUCCAUGACUUCAUACUCUGGGAGCCAGUGCAAUGACCCUGGUGCCACAUAUAUCUUUGGGAAGAGUGGAGGCCUCAUUCUGUACACCUGGCCAGCAAAUGACAGACCCAGCACGAGGACAGAUCGUCUUGCUGUAGGCUUCAGCACGACUGUGAAGGAUGGCAUCCUGGUUCGGAUUGACAGUGCUCCUGGGCUUGGCGACUUUCUGCAGCUUCACAUAGAGCAAGGCAAGAUUGGCGUGGUCUUCAAUAUUGGCACAGUGGAUAUUUCUAUCAAAGAGGAGAGCACCCCAGUGAAUGAUGGCAAAUAUCAUGUGGUGCGCUUUACUAGGAAUGGCGGGAAUGCCACACUUCAGGUGGACAGCUGGCCAGUGAACGAACACUACCCUUCAGGCAACACUGAUAAUGAACGGUUCCAAAUGGUAAAACAGAAAAUCCCCUUCAAAUAUAACCGGCCCGUAGAAGAGUGGCUGCAGGAAAAAGGACGACAGUUAACGAUCUUCAACACCCAGGCGCAAAUAGCCAUUGGAGGGAAGGACAGAGGGCGUCCCUUCCAAGGCCAGCUCUCCGGUCUCUAUUACAAUGGCUUGAAAGUGCUGAAUAUGGCAGCAGAGAACAACCCCAAUAUUAAAAUCAACGGAAGUGUCCGGCUGGUUGGAGAAGUCCCGUCCAUCCUUGGAACAACACCCACAACCUCCAUGCCACCAGAAAUGUCUACCACAGUCAUGGAAACCACCACAACCAUGGCCACCACAACUACCCGAAAAAACCGCUCCCCACCCAGCAUCCAGCCUACCACUGAUGACAUUGUUUCAUCAGCUGAAUGUUCCAGCGAUGACGAAGACCUCAUUGAAUGUGAGCCGAGUACAGAUAAGAGUCUUUCCACUUCAGUCUUCGAAGGUGGCUACAAAGCACAUGCACCUAAGUGGGAAUCCAAGGACUUUAGACCUAACAAAGUCUCCGAAACUGGUAGGACUACUACCACGGCUUUGUCCCCUGAGCUGAUCCGCUCCACAGCUUCGUCCUCGACUGGGAUGGUGCCCAAAUUGCCCGCUGGCAAAAUGAAUAACCGUGAGCUCAAACCCCAGCCUGACAUAGUCUUGCUUCCGUUGCCCACUGCCUAUGAGCUAGACAGCACAAAGCUGAAGAGCCCGCUAAUAACUUCCCCCAUGUUCCGUAAUGUGCCCACAGCAAACCCCACGGAGCCAGGAAUCAGACGGGUUCCGGGGGCCUCAGAGGUGGUCCGCGAGUCGAGCAGCACAACGGGGAUGGUCGUCGGUAUUGUGGCUGCUGCCGCCCUCUGCAUCCUGAUCCUCCUGUACGCCAUGUACAAGUACAGGAACAGGGACGAGGGGUCCUAUCAGGUGGAUGAGACGCGGAACUACAUCAGCAACUCAGCCCAGAGCAAUGGCACGCUCGUGAAGGAGAAGCAGCAGAGCACAAAGAGCGGCCACAAGAAACAGAAAAACAAGGACAAAGAGUAUUAUGUGUAA